AUCAGACCCUUCGACCAAGCGACCGCAGCUACGUUCGUAAAUCCCUCGCUUCCACUCCCACGGGGCGUAUCCCUCCCCCCCCGCCGCUUCGUAGCGCGCAUCAUUUUAUGAGGGCGUUCUAAGAUUGACAAGCCCCGAGCCGCAACUAUUGCCACAAUUCUAUCCCCGCCCACAGAACGAGGCGGGGCUUCGGCGCCACGAGGGGAGAAGGACUUUUUAGUCCUGCCGUUUCCACAGCGACGCGGCCGGGCAGGAGGGCAGCCUGCGCAUGGCGGAAUGGCAGCUGCUUCGAGUGCUGCGCGGCGGGUCUGGGACUCGCUCCCUCCCUCGGGCAGCGCGGGGGCUGCAGCGCCCGCCCAGUGGCUUGGCCAGCCUGAGCAACCUGGAGCGCCUGAGCUUGCGGGACAACCGACUGUUCAGUCUCUCCCACGAAAUGGCGGCCCUGAGCCGGAUGAACUGAAGAAUUUAGUACUUCUCAAUCUGAACAAGAACCAACUAAAGUAUCUUCCUUCAGAGAUUUGCAGGCUUGAAAAUCUUGAAUGUGUGAGUUUGGAUAAUAACGAACUGGAAAAUAUUCCCAAAGAAUUUUGUUGCCUUCAGAAUUUGCAUGAAGUUCACUUAUCCCACAAUUUCAUCACCACAUUGCCUGAAGAGAUCAAACAUCUGACAAAACUCAAGAUCUUGAUUUUGUCAAGAAAUAAAAUAGAAUACCUCCCUGAUGGAAUCUGCAAGCUGAAGAGGCUUAAGGUUCUUGAUGUUGCAGGAAAUAAUAUCCAGAUUUUUCCCAAAGCAAUGGGAUGUCUUCAGCUUGAGGAACUUUACUGUGAAGAUAAUCCAUUGCUUCAGAAAAACCCAGUUAGUGCUAUACAAGAAGACGACAUUCUCACUCUUAAGGAAAUAACAGCAAGAUUUAUUUUCACUCAACUGGAAAACAGAAACCUCCUUUUAUGCACAGCAAUAAAAGGAAACUUAAAAGCGCAGAAUAUGCUUUCCCAGAGGCAAGAAUGUGCUCAGUGUGGACAUAGCUUUCUGAGCAUGUGGCUAGAAUGCGUGCACUUCAUAGAUGUAAAACAGAAGCGAAUGAAGACAAGCAAAAACUUGCAGCUUUUACCUGUCAGGUCAUUACUGUGUUCAUACAAAUGUUUUUACCACCGUGACCAUGGACUCUUUGGAAUCUCUGUACUGUAGAGCAAACAGUGAAAUGGUGCCUCAACCUUGCAACCAUUGCAGCAUUCUCAAGACUUUUAAAAACCGAAGCCAGUAUUUAUAGCUGCAUCAGUAUUUAAUUUAAAACAUACAGUUUUCUUGGAAUAGUGAUUUUGGAGAAGUGAUGGCUAGUGGUGUG